UUUUUAGUUAAACAUUUCAUGAAUAAUAAUAACUUUUAACAUUAGCUAAAUACUACGUGAUUACGAUUUAUCCAAAUUCGCAAAAAGAAGCAUAUUUAAGCGACGACAAAGUAAAUUAACUAAUGUAAGUUUACAAGUCAACACAGGGUACUGGAGUUGUACAAAGCGUAUUAACCCUGUACCAAUUCCUCAAUCCUCAUACAUCAUACGUCUUCAUGAGUUAUAAUGAAUACAUGUAUAAAUGUAUUCGUAUACCUACACAUCAAUGGCAACUAAAAACUGAUUUGUCGAUUACUUCUUGUUUGAUUUUGAUCGAGCGUAGUCGACCGUUGUAGUAAAAGGGUUAAUUAAUAUUAUCUUAAUAAGUUUAAUACGUGCUCCUCCAUUAGAUCUUAGAUCUCUUGUAAUUUAAUAUUUUCGCAAUGGAAAUACGUUAUCUGCAUAUGCCAGGUUCAUAUGCUACAACGAAAAAACUAGUUACAUAUUAACAAACGUGCGUAACUCAAUAUUGUGUUUAAAAAAUCACAUUCAGUAGUAGGCUAUACAGCAGUUCAGUAAAAGCGUGCAACUUUGCUUCUGCGAAAAUAUUUGUUAAGAGAAUUUAAUGUCUAUUUGAGUUCAAACAAAACGCUAAAUACAUUUCUUUUUCAGGUUGGUUACAAAAGUGAUAUGGAAACGUACGUUUGGUUUUUCAUAAUUUUAAUAUUCUGUAUAUCAUCUAACAUAAUUUAUCAUGGCAAACUCACGAGUCUAAGAGAACGUCGACUCUAUCCAAGACCUAGAAUCGACUUUCUUAGCAAAUAUAAAGCAAUUUUUCCAAAAGAUUCACCAUAUUUUGGACUUACUUAUCAAAGCUUGUACGGUCGGCCACGCAGUGAUUUUCUGGACCAAGGUUUUGAACUGAAACUUGAAGACUGGCGAGUUUUUUUUCCAGAACUCAUGAACUCUUUAAACAAGUUCAAUCAACGAAAGCAGAAUACGGACUUUACUUUAAAUACUUUCAGCAACUCUAGGGUUGUAAUCGUCGAUAAAAGAACAGAAUAUAAAACUGGGGAUAUAUUGAAUGCUCGAAUUGAUGCUUAUGAUUGGAAAGAAAACAAAAGUUCAUUUGGUGGCGAUUAUUUUGUGGCUAGGUUAGUAUAUGGAGACGGUUUAUACCCUGAUGGUAUUGCUGGUAUAGUUACUGAUGAUCAUCGAAAUGGAACGUACAGUAUCAGAGUGCCACUGUUGAUUCCGGGCGAAGCAAGACUUGAAGUGAAACUCAUGAUACCACUUGAAGGAAUAGCUGAACUUAUUAGAUGUACUUCUCUACGAAAAUUGCUCGGAACAAAAUACAUCGGUACAUUUCAGACGAAAGAAUCAACGGAGUGCAAUAUUGACCUCAGUUUCACUAAUUUGACAGCAGACGAGAUAUGCGACUACAGCAACCCACGCAAUCAGGAACCCUGGUUUUGCGUCAAACCACCUUCGGGAAGAUGUUCUAAGAUUAUAAACUUAAUACUCAACAGAACACAACCAUCUGUGUAUGACUUUGCAAAUGAAAUUUGCAAUGAAACGUUGCUCCAACAACUUGGCUGUAGUCGGCUUAUUAAAGGCUCGGGUUUUAAAAUAAAUGUACGGCCCGACCAUCAGAAACAGUUGCCAGCGUUACCUCUGUGUAGCAUCAGUUUAAAUGGAAUCACACCAACAAGACCGAACGGGUAUUUCGUUAAAGGUCUGUGGAAGUCUACGUUUUGUGAAAACAAGCUAAAAUCUUUUGCUGAAGCUGGGCCGUGUUUUCAGAAUAAAGACAUCUAUUUCUUGGGCGACUCUACGUCAAGACAGUAUUAUUAUUUUUUCGCAAAAAUGAUAGGAAUGGAACCAGUAUACCAGGAGGAUGGAAAAGAGACUCCCUUUGGCCGUGGUUGGAACCAGCCGAGAACAUUUCGAUCGGGAAGCACACAGAUGUACUUUCGAGGCCACGGCACACCUAUGCAGAAUUCAGGACCACUAAACGAUAAACCGUAUGUGAGUGACAUGUUGGAUGAAAUAACGCCCGGCGAGAACGAGGUGGUUAUUAUUUUUAAUCUGGGAUUACACAUGUUGUAUUUUGAACCUUCUUUCUUCAUUCAUCGUAUGCGGGGAAUUAAGGAUGCUAUGUUACGACUCAACCAACGACGAGCAAACGUUCGCGUGAUAUACCGAAGUCAACGAGUUCUAGAUACCAACACAAAAAGAAACAACGGCUGGCUUGUUUAUCGAUAUGGAGUUUUUAACUAGAGAGAUAUUUAAAGAUGUUAAAAACUUGUUUUAUUUUGAUUUAUGGGAUUUAUCCAGCGUUUGGCCGCUUAACCAUUUUCAUCCUAGGCAAGAACAUUUAGAACAGGAAGCACUUUACUUGUGUAACUUCAUCUGUAACGGAAUACUAGUGUAGUGAUGGUACACAUGUCGAUUAUAUAUACAGUUGUAAUUUAUAACUAUAUACAGAUGUUCUAUUUUCCGUAAAGUUGUUGAUGUAUUGACAG